AUGGCUAUUGGCCGUGGACAACUUUUCCGCAGUUUCAGAGAGGGUUUGUUGAAGAAUGCCCAGCCAACAGAGGGUCGAGGACCGACAGGCAAAGAGAACAGCAGACUCUGCGAGAAAAUGACUGGAUUUUCCCCGGGCACUCAAAGGUAGGAGUUGUGGGAUGUCAUCAACUCCUGUUGCACAGUGUGCACUGAACACCAAAAAGCCGGCUUGUAGCUAGCUAACUUCAACUUUUGUUGACUUUUGCUAAUUUCAAAAUUGUGUUGCAUCUCUGUCUUUUUCUAUGCUUGACUACAAGUGUGGAACCAGCACCACUGCCACAAAAGAAGAAGAGGAAAAAGAAGGCAGCAAAGGCCAGUGUACCCUGUCAGCCAGUUGUACCACUGCCAAGGGGACCUCCAAAGUCUACUGGACAUGCUGCCAAGCCAGCUGAGUGUACCGCGAAUCACAUAGAGAGGUAAAAGUGGGUUGCUGUGGUACCCACUUGACACUGAUAAAGGGGUUGCAUAUGUUACUGGUUCCAUGCCCUGCAAUCUGAUUACUUACUCAAUUGUGUUUGCACUAGAUGGGAAAUAUCGAGCAUUCUAAUAAAUGUUUGAAUCAUGUCUAAUUGGUGUUUUAUUAGGAUGCCACCGGAGAUCCUUCUGAAGAUCCUGUCGUACCUGGAUGCCCUCUCUCUCUUCUCCAUCGGCUUCAUCAACAAGCGAUUCUAUGAGAUGGCCCACAACAAGUAAGGAGUGAAGUACUGGUCACAUUGUAGGCUAUUCUUCCUCCCUACGGUCUUACAGACUGGUUUUACGUGAUCAUUUUUGACCCACAUUUUUUUCUUGCAGUGGAAUGUGGCACAAGAUGUACUCUGCAGAGUUUGGACACAGUAAGAAGUGGAGGCCCAAGCGUUUGGAUGAGGUUCAGUGCAAUUCAUAUUUCAUAACACUCUUUUUUUACAUAUCACACCAAGGACAUGAGCAUUAUAUGCUUGUAUGCACAGUACUUUUUGUAUUAUUAUUGGUGUUUUCCCCCACCAGGUGCUGGAUAAGCUGAGUGCGGUGGUGGUCCAGGAGAGACCAGAGGGCUACUGGAGAAGACUGUACUUCAGGACCAUGGCUGGCUUCAACGAGACCAAGUGGAGGAAGGAGUUGAGAGACAUCAACCCUUUCACAGGCCUGCCCAGUCAGACUGAAAGAGUCCUCAGGUUAGACAGUUUCUGCAGUCAGUGCUAAAGUUGUACUGCCUCUGUUGUUAAGGCCCAUGUAUAAAACAUACAAUUUAUAGGGCACACACAAACGGAGGCUCCAAUGCUACUGUAAUAUUGUCAGAACCUACUCAUUGGUCCAGAUUCAAUUAAAUUGUCCGCAACUAUGUUUACAUAGUUACUUUAAUGCAUUUUGUUCUCCUCUCCCCUGCCUCAGGAGCCAGCGUGUGACCUGGGAGAUCACAGUGUCUGACAAGUGGGGGUUGGAGGGGACGUUUGAGCAGAGCCGUGCCUACUUCUCUGACUCGUCCGUGACGGUGUGCUGGAGCAGCGGGCGCUGGCCCUCCUUCCACCAGCUCUCUACCUUACAGCUAGAUGGUGUCAAAAGACAAGCUCUCAGCUCCCCUAAUAUCAAUAAGUGAGUGUCGGUCUCUCUCUUUAUCUUUCUCUCUUGUCUCUUCUUGCCUCUGAGUGAAAUGCCUGCUCCCCUCUUCUCCCCUCAGGCCUGGCUGGCGGUCUCUGAUGGCUAAGUUUGACAGGGACACCAUCUUUAAGAGUGGCCAGGUCAUUGGUAGAGACCAACUUGUCACCCUGAUACUCUUUUCGCCUAGCAUCAUCAUUGGCGUCUGGAGGGUAUGUCAUCUAUAUCAUAUCAUAAGAAAAUUGCUGGGCUAAGUUAGUUUGUUUCCUGAUAAAGAUGAUAAUGUUUGGAAUUUCCCUGUGUCAUUCUACAGGGCCGGUGGUCCAUUGCCUUUGUGAUGGCCAGCUUCCACUACCACAGGCUGGUGGAGAGGAGUCUCCUGGGCACCUCGAUGUGGUAUGCAGCGCACCUGACUCCAGACCAGGCUAGGGUUGAACAAAUUGUCUUGACUGUAUUCUGUUUUUUCUAUUUCAGCAGAAAAGGAUGUUGGAUGCAUGAUAGAUAGUCAUUCAUUCUCUCUCUCUCUCUCAUUCCCAGCCCCUACUCGAUGCCAGAGAACAAGCCUCCUUUCGACGACGCGGACCCUUACUUCGGCCUCCAUGGUUACACGCUCCGCAUUAUACUCCACAACACUCUGACCCAGAUCAUGGCCGGCCACUUCUCUCAACUCUACUGUAGCAAAAGUAAUGAAACCACUACCCAGGGGGUUUCUUUUUUUAGAACCACGUUGGGCCGCUGUACCAUACCGCAAUCUGUAGUUGACUUUGGUUGUGUGUUGUGGUUGUCCAGGUCAGGUCCAUGGUGGUUUCAUCCAGCUGAAUGUCAUCAACAGGGGAAGCCUGUCCCAGCACACCCCUCUCUCUGGCAGGAUCAGCCUGCCCUGGAAGUGUGAGGCUCUAGAGGGCACCGUGGAGGUACUGUAGGGGAACACUGACUCCGAUUGGUUUAGGUUACACUUUACUGGAACCACCAGGCCUACAUGAUGGCGUCAUUGUAAUAACAGAACAGCUGACAAAUAGUCUCUCGUGCUCACUCGCUCUCUCUGUCUCUCUAUUUCUCUCUCUUUCGCUAGCUUUCAAUCCAAUUGGUGACAGAUUUUCAUGCAAAUAUUGUAAAAUCUGCAGUUUCUACCAAACUGACUUGUUGCGGAUAAAAAAUCUCAGUGUGUGAUGACGUAGUGCACACAAAAUGUACUUUUUUGCUUAAGUUUUGAUGUACCCAAUAAAAAUCUAAAGUUUAAAUUUGUUUCCAUCGCAUUUUCAACUCUACCAAUAGUUUUGUCACAAACUGUUGUGUUAAAUAGCAAAUGUGCCUACUCUGGCCUUGGCACAUGCGCUCUAGCCAACAGCUCUCAGAUACAGUGCGGGUAGGCACAGCCUACCCACCAUGUCGAAUGAACAGAUUAUCUGUCUGCAUUUAUACAGUUGUAUCCAAACUUACUGUUUCCAUCACAGCUGUCGUGAUUUAUUUUCUAUUAUUUCACUUUUUUUCUCUCUGCAUUGUUGGGAAGGACCCGUAAGUAUUUCACUGUUAGUCUAUACCUGUUGUUUAUGAAACGUGACAAAUAAAAAUUGAUUUGAUUUGGAAACAUGGUUUAUGUCUCUAUGUCUCUUUCUCUCUCUGUAGAACUGCUGCAUGAUGAGCUUGACCCUGAUGGAUGAGUACCAGAACCCCUUCUGGUGUGUCAGCACGCCCGUGUCUAUGACGCUGAACAACAAGGAGCCCUUCUCCGACGACUACGAGGGUCAGCAUUUCCUGAUCAAGUACCAGGAUAAAGAAGGCAAGGUAAACCAACCCCACAUGACUCACACGUCAGAGGAUAGAUGAAGAGGCUUCUUUUUGUUUGUUUUUUGUUGGCAAGGUUGGGUUGGUUUACUUGACAAGGACCAUGUCAGUGGAAACGUUGUAUCUGUACUGUAUAUAUUAAAAUUUUACAUUAGCACCCAUAACUUUUAAUGUAAGUAAAUGAUCACAUAUGGGGAGCAGCAACCAGUGAGUGGACAUUUGAUUUAACAGUAAUGUAUGUAUUCUUUAUUAUUGUAGGUGAGGAUGGACCUUGUGUGGCUGGAAGAGCAGAGACAGUACUUCCUCACUAAUCUGGUAGUCUUCAUCGCCACGGCCAAAGUCAACAAGCACUUUGGGAGAACCUACUGA